AUGGCUCCCUCCAAGACACGGACGAUCAAGAACAAGCAUGCUGGGCCAAAAGGCGGCUCCAGCGCACCUGCAAAGGGCGGCGCAAAGCGAUCGACCACCGAUGGUGUCUCCAAGUCCAAGUCCAAGAAGCCCAAGGGUCCCGUCGUGUCGCAGCAAGUGAAGGAGAAGAACCGCGCCUUACUGAUGAAGAGGCCGAAGAAGAAGACCUACACGGCUGAAGAGCUGGGAAUUCCGACGCUGAAUAUGAUUACGCCAAUUGGCGUUGAAAAGCCCAAGGGCAAGAAGAAGGGCAAGGUGUUUGUGGACGACAAGGAGAGCAUGACAACAAUUCUAUCUCUUGUCCAAGCCGAGAAGGAAGGCCACAUUGAAUCGAAAAUGAUCAAGGCCCGACAGAUGGAGGAAAUCCGCGAGGCUAGGAAGGUAGAGGCUGAGAAGAAGGCGGCAGAAAAGAAGGCGAUGCUGGAGGAUACCAAAGAAUCCCUGAGGAAGAAGAGAAAGAGAAAGAAUGACGGCAAAGAGGACAACAUGAAGAGUAUAUCAUUGACUGGCACAAAGGCGAACAAGGCUUCGAAGAAGAGGGUCUCGUUUGCCUGA